AUGUCAGGAUUUACAGGACCAACACCGCUGCCUAUGCCAGUGAAGGAGAUAAAAGAAGAAGACUUUGAUGAUUUCCUUCAAGAGUAUCUAGCAGAACACCCUGGACUGGAUCAUGACUGCAAGACUGAAGAACACAUAUCAUCAACUUUUGAUUGUAAAGAGGAAGAGUCUUCACCGAUGGACAUCAACAAGGAGAAAGACUCUGCUCCAAUAGAUGAGAUGAGACAUACUGAGGCACAUCAUUGUACGGAUUGUGGAAAAGUCUCCUGUAAGAUUAGUCAUCUCAAGUCACACCAGAGGAUCCACACCAGAGAAAAGCUGCUCCAGUGCACCACAUGUGGGAAGGGUUUCAGGAAGAACUCGGAACUCACUAUCCAUCAGCGCACACACACAGGAGAAAAACCAUACAAGUGCUCAGACUGUGGAAAGGCCUUUAGUCAAUGUUCUAAUCUAAAGAAACACCAGAUGAUCCACACAGGAGAAAAGCCAUAUCAGUGCACUACAUGUGGGAAGAGUUUCAAGAGCAAGUGGGAACUCACUGUCCAUCAGCGCACACACACAUUAGAAAAACCAUACAAGUGCUCUGACUGUGCAAAGGCCUUUAAUCAAAGGUCUUAUCUCCAGACACACCAGAGGACCCACACAGGAGAAAAGCCAUACCAGUGUACAUGUGGGAAGAGUUUCAAGACAAAGUCAGGCUUCAACACCCAUCAGCGCACACACACAGGAGAAAAGCCGUAUCAGUGCUCUGACUGUGGAAAGUCCUUCAGUCAAAGAUCUCAUCUUCAGCAGCAUCACAGGAUUCACACAGGAGAAAAGCCGUAUCAGUGCUCUGCAUGUGGGAAGAGUUUCAAGACUAGAUCAGACCUCGUCACACAUCAGCGCUCACAUACAGGAGAAAAGCCUCAUCAGUGCUCUGACUGUGGAAAGGCCUUUAAUCGAAUGUCUCAUCUAAAGGAACACCAGAGGAUCCACACAGGAGAAAAGCCCUAUCAGUGUACUACAUGUGGUAAGAGUUUCAUGACAAGGUCAGAGGUCAACAGCCAUCAGCGCACACAUACAGCAGACAAGCCAUAUCAUUGUUCUGACUGUGGAAAGGCCUUUAGGCAAAGGUCUCAUCUAAAGGUCCACCACCAGAAGAUCCACACAGGAGAAAAGCCAUAUCAGUGUUCUGCAUGUGGCAAGAGUUUCAAGACUAGGUCAGACCUCGGCACACAUCAGCGCACACAUACAGGAGAAAAGCCUCAUCAGUGCUCUGACUGUGGAAAGGCCUUUACUCGAAGGUCUUCUUUAAUGAAUCACCAGAAAGCUCACAAAUGA